AUGCGAUUGAUUUUCCCUCUUACGUUCUUCGUCUGUCUGUGUUUGGCUCGUCCCACUGUCAUUGAAUGGAGUCAACUUUACUCUCCCGCUCAAAACCUAUCCCAUAAUGAAGCGAUGACUCUUAAGUACUUGUGGCAGUUGUUUAUUAAGGAGUAUAAUCACACCCCGAGUUUCCUGUCUUUUCGAAACUUUAAGUCAAAUGUUAUGAAGAUGUGGAAACACUUGAUGGAAUCGUCUUCCUUCUCCAUGGGCAUCAACAAGUUCUCCGCAUUGAGUCCCUCUCAAUACAGAAAGUACCUUGGCUAUCGUCCUAGCUUUGAAAAACUUAAUUUAACCAUUCCGCGUCACGUCUAUCGGAAGCUGGCUAGGUAUACGCCAUUGCCAGAAUUCGUUGAUUGGCGCCUAAAAGGGCGAGUAACAAAAGUGAAAGAUCAAGGUCACUGUGGGUCCUGUUGGGCGUUUUCGGCGAUAGGUGCGAUUGAAGGUCAGUAUCAGCGUGCAUCUGGAAACCUUAUCAGGUUGUCUGAACAACAGCUAGUGGACUGCAGCUUCAGUUUUGGGAACAUGGGGUGUAAUGGCGGUCUCAUGGACAACGCCUUUAACUACGUGAAGAAAGUGGGUGGCGUAGAUCGCGAGGAAGACUAUCCCUACGUAUCGGGUGUCACUGAACAACCUAACAACUGCUCCUUCAAGGCUAACAUGUCGGUUGCUAAAGUAACCGGUUUAGUGGACAUAGUGUCUGGGGCUGAUGAGGAGUUAAUGGAAGCCCUUGCCUUCAACGGACCCAUAUCUGUUGCGAUCAAUGCGGGUCUUACCUCGUUCAUGAUGUACCAUGAAGGCAUCUACGACGAUCAAGAGUGUAAGGGACGUAUGGAAGAUCUAAAUCAUGGAGUUUUGUUAGUGGGAUACGGGGAACAGAACGGUAUUCCUUAUUGGUUGAUUAAGAACAGCUGGGGCACAAACUGGGGUGAACACGGCUAUGUACGUAUCAAGCGAGCCGGAAAUUUGUGCGGCGUUGCUACUGCAGCCUCUUAUCCCUUGAUAUAA